AUGAAUGUGAUUCAGGAACAUAAAACAGCCGUGAUUACGGGCGCCGCCUCGGGGGUGGGCUUUGCCGUGGCGAAGCUGUGUCGAAGUCAAGGGAUGCACCUUGCAUUGCUCGAUAUCGAUCAUGAUAACCUGGCCAAGGCCAAAACGGUCCUGGCCGAUUUGAACCCAAGCCUCAUGACCGAAGUCUUUGUUCUCGACGUGGCCGACCGGGCUCUCUGGAAGGAGACCGCUCACCAGAUUGGCAAAUUGUUCCCGGAGAUUGAUCUGGUGGUGUUGAACGCCGGGAAAGGCUAUCAAGCCCAGGGGUCCGCGGCGAAACGGUUGAAGCCCUGGCUGGAUGGUGACUAUUGGCAGAAGACUUUUGGCACGAAUGUUUCAGGCCCACUGAAUGGGCUUGAAGUUCUCCUUCCAUUGUUGCUCGCCUCUCCGUCGACGACGGCCAAAUCGAUUGUCAUCACAGGUUCCAAGCAAGGAAUCACCAAUCCGCCGGGAAGCAGUAAUCCCGCCUACAAUGCCUCCAAGGCGGCGAUCAAGCACCUCACUGAACAUCUCGCCCAUGACCUACGCUCCGACCCAGCGACCGCGCACAUCUCAGUCCAUCUGUUGAUUCCCGGCUGGACCUGGACCGGACUGAUGGGUAAUGUCGGCCCUACCGAUGAGGAGACGAUCACCAAACCUGCCGGGGCGUGGUUUCCCAGUCAGGUGGCUGAGGCGUUGCUCCACGGGCUCCAAACCGGAGCAUUCUACAUCAUCUGUCCGGAUGGCGAGACGGACCGUGCCGUGGACCAGGCGCGAAUGAAGUGGAGCAUGGGCGAUGCCAUUGAGGGCCGGCCAGCCUUAUCGCGGUGGGAGGAUAAUUGGAAGGACCGCGCCGCAGAAGCGAUCCAGGCAGACGCGGCCGCCCGGGCCACAUCAUGA